AUGAGUGCUCCGGAAAUUAUUACACUACCGCCUCGCGACGGAGUGUCAAUGAAGUUGAGGCUGCGUUGGGGCGUUGAGCAAGAUGAUAUACCUGCCCUUGAGGUCCUGCACGUUGCUUCGUUUCCUGUGACGUACAACUAUGAGUACUACCACUGGCUGCUCUCCGACUCGUGUCUGGCCUUAAUUGCCUUCACGACCCCAAACUGCAUCAAAUCUCUGCUGACUGCUGCAGAAAAUGACAAAAAUACGGCAAUGGAAAGCGACACCAAAAAUUCUUCUAACGAUAGUGAUGUGGAUUGUGGUGAAUCCGGCUCACUCUACUCUGUGAUAGUUGGAUUUUGCAUCGGCCAGGCAGCCUAUGGUCGACGAAUUGAUGGUCGGCUUCUGAGCACGCCGACGGGAUACUUGGGGUCAUUUGCGGUGGACAAUCGCGUGCAGCGUCGUGGUGUGGGGGAGGUGCUCCUGGAUCGCUUCUUGUCCUACAUGCUCUUUAGUAUACCCGUUCCACCUCACUUAUUCCUGGACUACUCGCCCCCGCCUUACGGGCGCGAGCAUUUAUGGCGAGUUGGCUCCGCGCUGGCUGCCGUUGGCGUGACGCUCGCACAGUGGUGGUUCGGUAAGAGGCGAGCAGGGGCAAAUACCGCGGUCGGGGAGGCUUUGAGGCAUACAAACUCGUCCGACGUCGGGAGCCCCGCGGUUAAUACGCACAACAGUGAGGGUCAAGUUGGUUUGGGGGAGGUGUGGUUGCACUGUUUGGCGUCCGACACAAACGUGCUCAGGUUUUAUGUAAAACGUGGCUUUGCUUGUACUUUUUUAGCGAAAAAUUUUUACUUUUUUGAUGGUUGCCACCAUCACGGAAUGCUCCUUGUCUACCGCCGAGAUGCGUCACCGAGGGCCUGUCAUGAACGCGAUUCUACCUGUUCUACUGCACCAGCGUUGGAGAAAGCAGUUAGCCACACGAAUUCGCUCGCCACGGGCUCUACCCAUGGAAUUCGGCCAAGACGCUGCCAGUCUAUUUCGCCAGAAGCACUGGAAGACGACUUGACUGUUACGAGUAUUGAGGUGCCGCUUGCUACGGAUUUAUCCGGCCUGCGCCAGGAGUGGAGCUCUGCCUGGCGCGAAGACUCCACGCAGCCACACCAGUCGAAAUCCUUGUCCAGUGUCCUGCUGCGUGUUGUGGAGGCGGCGGCGGCCUUUUUAUUUUGCGUUGCUUUAUUGGUAACAUGUGGGGUGUGA